AAAAAUGGCGAGAACAAAUUUGCGCUGGUGCUUUAAAGAAAAUAUUAAAGACGAUUUUUAAAUAAUUAACGACUUAUUGGCAUGAAUAAAUGAAGUGAUUAGUGUAAUUAGAACUCUGUGAUGAAAUUGUUUGUGUUGUAAUACCCAGAUAAAUAUUUUAGUUACAUACAGGUGCUUGGGACUUGUAUUGAUUUUUUAGAAGAGCGUCCCCUACGCAAAAUGUUGGACAUUGUACAACACACGACAUGCAAAAGCAAAUUUGAUGUAACUGAUCAAAUUAAGUAAGUUGGCACAAUGUUUUACGCACAUUUUGUGCUGGCCAAAAAGGGCCCUUUGGCCAAAAUUUGGUUGGCAGCCCAUUGGGAUAAAAAACUAACAAAAGCUCAUGUAUUUGAAACGAAUAUUGAAAAAUCUGUUGAUGGAAUAUUGAAGCCUAAAGUAAAAAUGGCUUUAAGAACAUCAGGUCAUCUUCUUUUGGGUGUGGUGAGAAUCUAUUCAAGAAAGGCCAAAUAUCUGUUGCAAGAUUGUAAUGAAGCCUUUGUUAAAAUCAAGAUGGCUUUCAGGCCUGGUAUGGUUGAUUUGCCAGAAGAACAUAGAGAAGCAGCAAUGAAUGCUAUCACUUUGCCGGAAGUCUUUCAUGACUUUGAUACUGCUAUGCCAGAGCUAAAUGAGGUUGACAUUGAAGCUCAGUUUUCCCUAAAUCAAUCGAGAGCUGAGGAAAUUACAAUGCGCGAAGAUUAUGGUUCCUUGAAUAUGGUUACGCAUGAUGAUGGAUUUGGUGAUAUGGGAUUUGAUACAGACAACCCAGAUAUAAUGAGAGAAGCUAUUGGAAAUGAGGGUGGAUUGGAACAGAGUAACCUUCUGUUCGCUGACGGAUCAUCAUUGGAGCUGGCAGGCAAAGAUACUGGAGUGGCCAGUACUAGUGCUGCUGGAGUUCCUACUUUGACUGCACCUUCACAUGAACCAAGAAUGGAAGCUGCCCCGCAUGGACCUAUGGAUGAUGGCUUUGGAGGAACUAUUGGUGAUGUUGCGGAUUUUGGACAUGCCGGAGGUCUAUUCGAGGGUGAUCUCUUCGGCGACGUCACUGCAGGUAGUUCGACCGGUGGCGCCGGUACCGGCCUGCCUGGAACUUCUGCUCAGCCGCAGUCCUUGCAGGCGGAGAUCGAGGCGGCGGGCGGCAGCGCGCGCGAGGCGGACGCGGCGCCGGACGCCGAGCCCGAGUCGGACGACGAGAUGCCGCACUACGACGCGCCGCCCUCGCCCGGCUCGCCGCCCUCGCCCGCGCACAGCUGGGGCGGGUCACCUCCGCAUGAAAGUGAAACUCCGAGGUCGGAUGACGCCGGCCUCAUGCCGCCGCCUGCUGCGCCUCGACCUCCAUCUGCUAGACCUAUGGAAGUGGACUGCGUCGAUACUGUGGUGGAGGACCCGCCACCAGUAGAAGCUCCCGCCACUCCGGCCCCUGCAAUCGAUUCUACUACUUUGUUACAAAACGACGAAGAGUCAUUCGCUUUGGCACCUGUUGAUGCUACUGUUCUUAAAGGAAUUACAAAAACUAAGCGGAAGCGUAAGCUGAUCGUUGACGAAGUUAAGAAUAUAUCUGGGGAGGAAAUGAAGAAUCAGCUAAGCAACACAUCAGACAUCGUCACCACAUUAGACUUGGCGCCGCCGACGAGACGACUCAUGCACUGGAAGGAGACCGGGGGUGUUGAGAAAUUAUUCACUCUGCCCGCCAGGCCUAUACCUUCUAGAGUAUUAUUCAAGAAGUACCAGCGCAACAUGACGCUGCGCACGGACGCCGAGGACGGCGACGCGCGCUCGCCCGACCCCGAGCCGCCCGUCGCGCGCCGCGCCGCGCGCAAGCGCCGCCACGACGAGACCAUUCAACCGCCGGAAACUCCGGCCCCUACACCUCAGCAGGAUUUGGAACCCCCUACCCCGAUACCGCAGGAGUAUGAACCGUCAGUAGAGUCGGAGCGCGACGCGCCGCCCUACGCGUCGCCGCGGCACGACGACGUGGAGCCGCCCAGCACGCCAGGUAUGCUGAGUUCUCUUGGGGCACCUCUUACACCUGGUGUACUCGGACCUCUAACUCCGGGCACAUUACUCCAAGGCGGACUCACGCCCGGUAGCUUACAACACGGGUCCAUGACGCCAGGUGGAUUAACUCCUGUAGGACUUCAGCAUGGUGACCAGCAAGUAGAUUUAGGAUUAUCAGGAGCUUUGCAUGGAGGUAUGACCCCGGGUGGCAUGACUCCAGGAGGUAUGACGCCGGGUGGUAUGACCCCAGGUGGAAUGACGCCAGGCAGAAUGACUCCAGGUGGUAUGACACCUGGUCUGGGUCUAGACGGUGGUAUGACGCCAGCUGGUCUACAUCACGGCACCAUGACGCCAGGAGGACUAGAUCACGGCGGUAUGACACCCGUUGGUCUUCAGCACGGUGGUAUGACUCCGGCAGGAUUGCAACACGGAGGCCUGACUCCCGCGGGACUGCAGCACGGUGGCAUGACCCCCGCCGGUCUGCAACACGGAGGCAUGACUCCUGCCGGCCUUCAACAUGGUGGCAUGACACCGGUCGGCCUGCAGCACGGUGGCAUGACGCCUGCGGGACUUCAGCACGGAGGUCUCACGCCGGCCGGUCUACAACACGGGGGCAUGACGCCCUCAGGCCUGCAGCACGGCGCGCUGCUGUCGCACAGCAUGGAGCUGCCCAUGAUGCCGCAGAUGGGCGGCGAGCACCCGCUGCUGUCCGUGGCGCCCGCGCACCACGCGCACCCCGCGCACCCCGCGCACCACGACCUGCACACGGGGCCCAUGGAGCCGCUGCCGCUGCCGCUCGACCACGGGGACUACCAGAACGGUAUGCAAAUGACGAACCUGGGAUACGACGACCAGCACGGACAACACAGCCCUCAACACGAUUACGAUCUACCGCUGAGUGUCGAAAACGCGGAGGAGGGCGGGCGCGAGACGCGCGAGGCGGGCGAGACGGACGAGCAGUUCGAGGAGCGCGUGCUGAACCGGCGCGCGGCGCAGCUGUUCGCGGCGCUGCGCGGCAAGCUGGCGGCGCGCCUGGCGCUCGCCUUCGCCGACCUGGCGCCGCCGCACAACAACCGCAAGCAGGUGGCGCAAAAAUUCUACAGUUUGCUAGUUCUCAAGAAGCAUCAGAUGCUAAAACUAGAGCAGAACGAGACUUACGGACCUAUAACUAUAACGAAGGGAGCACAGUUCGAAACGGAGGCGAUUUAAUUAAGAUAGUUUUGUGUACGCGAGACGGAAAAGAAUAUCAUUUAGAUAUAAAAAGGGUAUUUUUAUUAUAAUCGGUGACUCGUGGUUAAGAUCCCUUUGGAGUUGAUUGAGCCAAAAAUGUAAUGUGUAAGUGAGGCCGAUUCGAAUUCAUAGAAACCUAUUUUGGACCAAAAUAUUAUAUUGCAUGCGAUCUGAUCUCAAAAAUCAGAUGGCAUUAAAAUUUUACACGAAAAAAAAUGUACAUAUAAAUAAAAAAAAUUAAACAACACCCCUUGAUACAAAUAAAACAUACAAUACAAAAAUAUUUGGUAAAAAAAAAUAUUAAUCAUCGAAAUAUAAUAAGUUCAAUUCUGCCCUAAAAUUACCGUGUCUAUCAAAAAUGACGUAAAAAAUACUUAAUACUUACAUCCAACUCAAACACAGCCCGGGCGUAAUUUCUACGGGAUUUUAAAAAUCGACACAGACGAUAUCGCAAGUAUGUUUUUUUAUAUUUUGUCUUCUACACUUAUUAUAUUUCAGUGGUUAUAUAUGCUUUUUAAGUUUGAUGUUGCAUGCCUAUUUGUCAGUUUAGAAAUUACGUAUUUUACAUUUGAACACUUUUUUAAGUUGGCUGCAAUGUUAUACGUGUGUGUGUGUGUGUUAUUUUAUUUUUAUUUUUACGUAUUUAUACAACUUUGAAUGUACUGUGGUUAAGUAUUAAAAGGGGAUUUACAUUUAGGGCACUUUCUAAGGACUCGGUUGCUGAAAGAGUUCAGCUUUUAUUGCGGUCCGUUGAUGACGUGUAGAGAAAUGCCUUAAGUUGUUUUGAUGUAGUUAUAAGUAAAAUUAUUGUAUGUUUAAAUUGUUUUUAGCUUCUCCCUCAACAUAUUGAAAUAUUGUUAAAUAAUACAUAUAUAUAGUAAAUAAAUGGAGUUAUACAUUGGUGAUUAAAAUAUUGUUCAUGCUUAGGAAUGACAGGCAAGAUAUCAAUGUGGGUGUAAAAAAUCUAAAUAGCACAAUAUUCGCUACACUAUUGAGUGGUCCUCUGCAAUUUAUAAUAAGCUAUUUUUUUAAAAUAAAAGUAGCUUUCAAAUACACAUCAUUUUCUAGAACAUUAAAUUAAAAAUAGUCUUAUAGUGUGAUCGUAAAGACGCCGUUGUUAUCAUAUCAGGUGACACAGCCAAUGGGUCACCCCUUCGAAUGUUGUCUUCUGUUUGUUUCUAGAGCGAUAAAUACGUUGCGUUACGUAAAUUUGGCUUGCAAGACCAUAAUACACAAGGGUCGACAAUGUGAUCGAGUGUCGACAUCCCUGGUAUUGCUUUGAUAGAUGUUGAAAGCGAGGUUAGACAAUCAUUAAUUGCCUUAAAUUUUGUUAUUGUUAGAAAUAUUUUAAUGUUAAAAACCAUUCUGCGUGUAAAUUACGUGUAUGAUACUUGAUUUCGAAGACUUUCUAGUUAUAACAGUAUAUUUUAUUCUAAACUGAUCACUUAUAAAUUUAUCGUAGAGAAUGUAAUAAAGAAAAUUAUGUACAAGUAGUCUUAAGAGGUAACUGAGAAACACCAAAUAAAAUCAUGCUGACAAUGUUUAUUACAAGAAGAUUUAAAUAUAUUUACAUGUUUAUACAAGGUGGUUGUGUGCGUGGUGUGUGAAUGAGUUUUUGUAAAUUUCUCAAAAAUCUUUCAAUUUGCUGAUUUUGCGUUUAAAUGGUUAUGAAGCCCAAACUGGAUGCAUCCCGAAUGUUCCGGUUUGUAUCCAUUUUGGUUCAAUUUUUUGGACAUGAAAUUAUGUAAAAUGCCAAGAUAAAAGCAUUAAGAAUGCGUGGAACUGUUUAUUAAGUUAAGUAACAUUUAGAAGUUUUUGUAAAAAUGGAUUUAAGAGAAUACCUCCGUCAUUACUACCAACCACACAACUCGUGACGGCUGCUACACACGGGGGUACUCGCUUAGAUGCUUUUCAGUGAAAUUAUUUGCAAUAAAUUUGUUGAUAUAA